UGUUGUUUGGAACAAAUAAAUUUUAAAUCUGGGGUCUUACUCUGUAAAGCGAUGCGAAAGACAAUGCGAUUUGAAAGCCCAAUGCGAUGCGAUAGGCAAUUGAUACUCUGUAUUGCUUACUCAUCACUAACAAUGUUGUUCACCUUUUCUUUUUUUUUUUUUUGUAAGAGUUGGCAUUACUUCCAAAAACGUCAAGGUAUAAACGAGCAAAAUAAAGAAAAUAAUAACAAUUUGUUCGUUAAAACUGUGUUGAAUAAUUUAAAAAUGAAUUCUGUUCCAUUAUGGGAUCAUUAUUAUUCUCAGGAAAGAAUUGAUAGAAGAAUUAUUCGAGAUAAUUCGGACAUCAUGUCUCUAAGCGAUAAAAGCUUCAUGCAAAAUUUCCGCCUCAACAAGCACGCAUUUUUAUAUGUUUUGGAUAAGAUAAGACCCCAAUUAAAAGUCGCUCAAAGGACUACAUCAAUUCCUGAAAUUGUAAAACUGUCAACAACCUUGAAGUUCCGCGCACAGGGCGGGUAUCAACACUCGGUCGGCCAAAAUAGGCAUUCAGGGCUAGAACAACAAUCGGUUUCCCGAUGCAUCUUGGAAGUGUGCGAUGCUAUCGAGAAAACGCUGUGCCCAAAGCAUAUCGUGUUUCCCUUGACCAUUGAGGAAAAAAUUGAAGCAAAUAGAACCUUUUACUUGACGUCCGGAAUUCCAGGCGUAAAUGGAGUGAUAGAUCACAUCCUGUUGAUACGACCAUUACGGAAUGAACGCUUAUUUUUUWAUCGUAAACUAAAAUACAGCAUAAAUGCAAUGGUGAUAUGUGAUCACAAAAUGCAGAUAAGGGCAGUAAAUGGUAGAUUUGGAGGCGCGUCGCAAGACUCCCACGUAUGGAACCUCUCAGGAGAACGUGAAAGUUUGAGGAUGAACUACGAAAAUGGAAAUAGAAGCGAACGAAUUCUUGGAGACUCCGGAUAUCCUCUUGAACCUUGGCUGUUAAUACCAUAUAGGAAUGCGCCAGAACGUUCUGACGAACUCUAUUUCAACCAACAGUUUACAAAAGGCCGAUAACUGAUUGAACGCGUGUUUGGUGGAUUGAAAGAGAGAUUUCGAUGCUUGUUAUCGGCAAGAGAGCUACAUUACGCGCCUGAAAAAGUCGUUAAAAUUUUGAACGUAUGCUGCGCUCUACACAAUAUAUGCAUUUUGUACAAGGUAGAAGUAAAAAUUAAUAUUACAUUUGAGCCAGAAGAAUUUUCUACCACUAAUAUAGAUUCACCUAAUAGUGGUAAUUUUAUUACUAUUGCUAGAAACAUUAGGGACGAUAUUAAAACAAAUAUGAUAAAUGCUCGUAACUCAA